AUGGCUAUAACUAAUGUGCUAUUUCGGAAGUCGCUUGACAGGUUGUUCAAUGGAAAAGCACCAAAAAAGGUGGCUGUUGCGUUAUCAGGUGGUCCUGACUCCAUGCUUCUAACAUGGUUCUUGCUGCAGUGUAAAUUCGAGAUAUAUGCCAUCACCAUCGAUCAUAAAUACAGACCAGAAUCAAGUCGAGAAGCUUUGUCUGUAUAUGAACGAGUGAAAAAUUGGAACUUAAACCAUAUCAUCAAGUCGCUCGACUACCCAGCUGGGGUUGAUCCUACAAAACUAAACAAUUUUGAAGAGAUUGCCAGAGGAAAGAGAUAUGAGGCCAUGGCUCAAGUUUGUUACGACAAGGACAUUCCGGUUCUAUUUUUGGGCCACCAUAGAGACGACCAGCUAGAAACGUUUAUUCAGAGACUACAGGGCAACUCUUCCAUUUUUGGAUUGGCAGGAACACAUAAAGUAUCGCCGUUGCCCAUUAGCAAAGACUUAAGUCCCACGUCAGCACUUUUCAACCAAACCAGCCAAGUCCGUAUUUUACGACCGUUUUGGGAUUACGAUAAGCAAGACAUUCUUGAAACGUGUCAGCUCAACAAUAUUGCCUACGUGACCGACCCAACUAACAAAGAUGUGAGCUUGACGAGGAGAAAUUAUUUGCGGCAUUUGAUAAACGACAUUAUACCUGCAAAAAACAAUCAAAGCCAUUCGCCGUAUUUGCUAAUAGAUAAAAGCCAAUUAAUUGAUCUGCACACUAAGUGCUUGGAGUUUGCAACGAUGUUUGAAAAUAGGGCUAUGGCAUUGUCUGAGAGUUUACAAAGUAGUGGGCUAAUUAAAGAGUUUCCUGCGUUAGGAUCGCUACAGGUUAAAUUUCCUCGCCAAUGUUUGGAUCAAACAAAUGGGAUUGUUACAAGCCGAUUUCUUUAUAGGAUUCUACACUCCUAUUCUACGUUAAAACACUACCACUGGGCAUAUGCCAAACUAGAAAGACAAUUGAUACCCAGAAUAACCAAGUUUCUUGAGCAGGGCCAAUCCGGCACAUUCAAAUUGACAAUGAUGAAUUUGGUGUUUGAGGUUACAAAUAACAUCCAGUCUGAGUAUGUUCCCAUUCACAUAUACAGGUGUCCAAUAACAACAAAAGACUGGCCGUCCAUGCAAGAAACACUAACUGUUAGCCCCGAGUGGAGCGAGUGGAAAUUGUUUGACAGUAGAUUUUGGUUAAGAGCAAGAUCAAACCGCUAUAGUGGCCAGCUUUCAGUUAUUCCGUAUAUCCAUAAAAAGCAUAAGCAACUCUUACACGACAACCUCGACGCCAACAAGUCUUUUGACACACUUCCAGCAAUAAAAGCCAACUCUGGCAAAAUCAUAGCCUUUCCAACUUUGGGAGCUAUGUGUUCUGACUAUGGUAUAGUCUACGAAUGGAGGCCUAAAAAAAAUAGAUUCUCCUACUGUAAAUAG